UGAUCAUAAGAAAUCAUUAUUUGAAAAAAAAACAUCAUGGAUAAACCCUAAUAGCACAUAGGUUUUCAAUAAAUGUCCUGCGUAAUUUAUAUUUUAUCGUCCCACUAGUUUUGUUGACCUCCAGCGUUAAAAAUCGAAAUGUCAAUUGCUACUGUCAAACGAAAGUGUCAAAAACAAAACAACACGAUGUUGUGAACCAAAGAAAAUACUGCUUUCUAAUUCCAAAUUCAAAUUUAUCUACCGUGUAAAAUUGAAAUAGUGCCAUGUUUCUAAAAACUGACAUACUAAAGGCGAUUUCAUUCAGAAAUCCCGUAAGACUUCCGUUGUCGUACUGGCUGCUAGUAGGAAUAAGAUUUGUGCUAACUAUUCUGCCGCAGCGCGGAUAUAUACAUCCAGAUGAGUUUUUCCAAAAUGUGGAGGUCAUGGCAGGUGACAUCCUUACUGUUGAUGUGGCUAGAACAUGGGAGUUCAACCCAAAUUUUCCUAUUAGGAAUAUAUUUGUCCCAAAGAUGAUAUUUGGUCCACCACUACAUCUCAUAAGACUCACAAACCCAUUCACAAAACACUAUUUAAAUAUAGAUCUCAGAACACCAUACUAUCUUCUUGUUAUACCACGAGUAUUUAUCUGCCUAUUAUCUCUUAUCAAUGACUACUGUUUAUACAGAAUUUGUGUAUUAUAUGGUCAAAAUUUCAGAAACAGACUGACUAUAUUUGCAAGUUCAUACAUAGUCCUAGUGUACUGCUGCAGAAGCUUUUCAAAUGCAUUUGAAAUGAUUUUCUUCUCAAUUCUCUUAUACUUAGUGGCCAAGUGCAUGUUCAAAUCGGACAAUGUAAUAUACCAUAGUGAAUUUUUAAAAGAAAAAUAUAAGGCAGCUACAAAUGCCGUUGACAAAGUAAAGAUUUUUAAACUGAGCACUCAUUUACCAGCUCAUUCGUUCAAUCAUGUAAUGUUAAUAUCUGCUGUGGUAUUUAUAGGAAUGAACGCCUGUUUUUUCUGGUUGCAGCGAGGUUUAGGGUCUAAGAUUGUUGGGUUUAAGGAUUUUCAUUAUAGAAUACUAUUGUUCAUAUUAAGUGGUGCGCCUAUGCUGUUGCUAAUAUUAAUUGACUCUGGGUACUAUGGGUACCUCACUAUGGCUGAUAUUGAGUCAUUAAAGAUAUCCUGGGACAAUUGGGUUGUGACUCCAUUGAAUUUCCUGAGAUAUAACACUGAUAAGAAUUUGACGGAACAUGGUCUGCAUCCACGGUGGCUUCACCUAGCGGUUAACGUGCCGCUGCUCUUCAAUGUUCUGGGAGUGCUGGCUCUUAUAACACUGUCCGUCAAUGUGUACAGGUUCAUCCGAGGCCAGUACAAAAAACUCCCGCGAAUCCAGAGCAUCACUGGUCUAAUGCUGUUCUCCCUGAUCAUUCCAGUGGCGUUACUGUCGCUCUUCCCCCACCAGGAGCCAAGGUUCAUUAUACCCGUCUUGGUGCCCCUGGUCUACCUCUACGGGAAUCAUCUCCACCCUAACGAAAGCGACGCGCCAAGCACAAGAAAACUUAAAGUAAUGUUAAAAAGCAUGUGGUAUAUUCUCAACAUACUAUUCUCAAUAUUCUACGGAUUCAUUCAUCAGGGAGGCAUAUAUCCUCUGGCGAAUAGCCUGCAUCGAGAAAUUAAGGCAAAUUAUGGUAUGCACACCCAUGUUAUUAUAACACACAGCUAUAGUCUGCCAAGUUAUUUACUGCAAUUAGAAAGUACGAGUAUAGUAUGGAAAGAUAAAAAGACGGGACACAAAUAUAGAUUAGUCCCCACCACUUUUAUACAUAGAUUUGGAUCCCUCCCAGUUAAAGAUCUUUUAGUGAAGAUAGAUAAAGACCUUUCUAAUGCUGAAAGUUUGUUACAUAAAAAUAAAAAGCCGUACAGAUUUUAUGUAGCGAGUCCUUGCUCUUUAGAAAAAGAAAUUCGUUCUGAAGCCAGUAAAUACGGUAACUUCGAUUUGGUCGAAGAUUUUUCGUUCUACCCGCAUUUCUGUUCGGAAGCGUUACCUAGUUUUCCGAGUAAUCGUGAUCAGUUUUGUGUGGCUAAUGAUAUUUUUCAUAAAAAUGAGUCUCAUGCAAUAGAUCUGAAUUUGUUUGAUAGAUUCCUAUGCUUUUUAAAAAGGUUUUGCCUUAAGUUGUACAGAGUACAUAGUUUUACAUCUUACAACCGCUAAGUGCGCAGCUAUUUCUACAUAAGCAGCUAUAUUUUGUUUUGCUCUUUAGUGUUUAGUUUAAUUCUGGUUUUUUUUUUUAAAUGGUAGAUGCCAGAUAGUGAAAAGGAGCGAAGAUAUAUUGGGCCUCCGAUUAUAAUCGAGUGUUUGGCUUAUAUACUGUAAUUGUGAAUCUCACAUUGAAAUUAUUAACAGCUGAUUAAAAUGACUUAUAUAUUUUUAAAUUAUUUAGCAACCAUACAUGCUCUAAGUUGCAAAAUGAUAGUUAUUUAAUUGGAUAAUAAUACAUGUAAUAUUAUCAGUUAUAUUUAUCAUUUAUUAAGUAUAUGUACAGAUUUCGUUAUAGGCUUUAAUUUUAUCUAAAUGUAAAAGACAAUAUACAUGUCACACUGUUUUUUUUUUAUAUCAAUCUAAAUAAUCGUGGUAAUUAUUCUUUAUCUUAAUUAAUUUUAAGACUUCAAAGUUAAAUUACGAUUUUCCAUAGACGCCUCACAAGAAACAACGCUCGUAACAAUGGCUUAUGUGUGAUUUUACUAAGCAUUUAUAUAAGCAUAAAUAGUAUCAAAAUGAGAAUGUUUUCGAUCCCGAAACUAGCGCUUAUGUUUAGAUUUGGACUUUAACUCAAAAUUAUUGCAGUACCUAAGUACUGCAGUAUGAAUAAUUAUGAGUAUACUACAUACUUAUGUAUAUGGAUAACAUAUGCCAAUGGUAUAAUAAAACGUAAAUAUUAUCUGGAACUAAUUUUAAAAGAUAAUUAAGUAAGUAGUAAGUGCUAUUGAAUAAAAGACAGUUUCAAAUAUAUUACUUAUGCUACAUUGUGACCUUUUUAGAUAGAUAAAACUAACGUAAAACAAAAUAUACUUUAUGGUGAUAUUCACAACUUUUAUCUCAAAAGUUACAAUGCUUGGCAAAUAUUAUGUAGGUACCUAUGUGAUAUCAAUGAAUCAUUUCCAAGACUUUUUUGUACGUUUACUUAUUUUUAAGUAUGACUUUGUUUAAUUAUUAAAUUUUAUUUCUGUGCUCAAAAUGUAUAAAUCUUUUAUGCAUUGGUGAUUUUAUAUUCUGUUAUAAGAUAUCUCAUUAAUGAUUUUUAAAUGUUCAUUAUUUGAUAAGCAUUUUUUGUUCUAACAUAGGUACAAGAGAAAAUAUUAUUCUGACUAGUGAAGUGUACCAUUAAAUCUUAUUAGGUACUAAAAUAUAAUAAAUCAGAAAUAAAAUAUUCCAUAUUAUGUUGCUAAUGCGCAAUACUUUACUACUUUGUCACUGAGGCAUUUUUAUUUAUUGUAGGUUGUUCUUCAUUUUAAAGACAUUUAUAUAAGUGUCAUAUUUGUUUAAAUACCUAUUUACAAUAAUAUAAGUACUUAUUAAGUAUAUUUCCCAUAGCCGGCCCUGGAAAAGAUGAUGAGUUUAUUUUUGAAUAAGAAAACCAUACGAAUGGCAGGUAAAAUAUGUGAUGUAAAAAAAAUUAAAACUAUUAUUACGUGGCAUUGAUUAAUUACAGUUAUCAUUUUUCGUGCACGUUUAAUUCGAUUUAUUCGUACUACAACUUGUCUCGGGGCUGGUUUAUGUUGCGCUGCAUAGUAUAACAUAGCAUAACACUGAAAAGAUUUUUAAUGUAAAUGAUAAAACCGAAUGCUUUGGGGCCUUAUAAAAAAUUGUGGGUAGCAAAAUAUUUUGUUAUAUUAAUGUAUUUGUGUAUUUUCUUUACGUCAG